UUAGAAAAGGUACCAUGACAGGGUACUGUACGUCUGUACCUGACAGGCUCACAGCGACCAGCAUCGCCCAGAGUCCCAUGGCGUCUUCAGCUCCUGCCCCUGCCUCUACGUUACCUUGCAGCGGAGCCCAUGACGCGCAGGCUGAGCUUCCCCACAUCGUCAUCUUCCCGUUCAUGCUCAAGAGCCACACCAUCCCGUUGACGGACCUCGCCCACCAGCUCCGACGCCGGCAGAUGGCCACCGUGACUUUCCUCACGACCCCGGGCAACGCGGCGUUCGUCCGCGCCGCUCUGGCUGGUGCCGACAGCGUGGCCAUCGUGGAGCUCCCCUUCGCCGACAACCUGACCAAGCCGGGCGCCCCGCCGCGCCGGGAGUGCGUCGAGACCCUGGACUUGAUGUCCUCCUUGCAUGCCUUCGUCGAGUCCGUCUCCCUGCUGCGGCCGCAGUUCGAGGAGGCGCUCGCCGCCCUGCGGCCCCCCGCCAGCGCCGUCGUCGCCGACGCGUUCCUGUACUGGGCGCACACGGCGGCGGCCGCGCGCGGCGUCCCGACGCUGUCGUUCUUCGGCAUGAACAUGUUCGCACAUUUCACCCGCGAGGUGUUCGUGCGCGACAACCCGGCCUCCGUGCUCACCCGCGGCACCCCGGACCCGGACGCCGUGUUCACCGUGCCGGAGUUCCCGGACGUCCGGCUCGCCCUCGCCGACAUCCCGUUCCCCUUCAACGACCCGGCGACGACGGGGCCGACCCGCGAGAUGGACGCCAAGAUCGGGCACGCCAUAGCCAGCAGCCACGGCCUGAUCGUGAACACCUUCGACGCCAUGGAGGGGCGCUACAUCCAGCACUGGAACCGGCACAUCGGGCCGAGGGCCUGGCCCGUCGGCCCGCUCUGCCUCGCGCGGACGGCCGAGGCGGCGUGGCAUCAUGGCGACGUGGCCAAGCCCGCUUGGAUGCGGUGGCUCGACGAGAAGGCCGCUGCUGGCCGUGCCGUCCUCUACGUCGCGCUUGGCACGACGCUGGCCGUCGAGAGCGCUCAGCUGAGGGAGGUGGCGGACGGGCUGGACCGAGCUGGGUUGGACUUCAUAUGGGCCGUGAGACCCGUUGACGCCGACCUCGGAGCGGGCUUCGAGGAGCGCGUCCGGGGUAGGGGCGAGGUGGUGCGCGGGUGGGUGGACCAGCGUGCCAUCCUUGCGCACGAGUGCGUCAAGGGAUUCCUCAGCCACUGCGGCUGGAACUCGGUGCUGGAGAGCAUCAGCGCCGGCGUGCCGUUGGCGGUGUGGCCGAUGGGUGCCGAGCAGCCGGUCAACGCGAAGCUGGUUGUCGACGAGCUGGGAGUUGGGAUCAGGGUGCCACCGAAAAGCGACGCGGUCAGCGGGAUGGCCCGAAGCGAGCAGAUUGCCAGGGUGACUAGCGACCUCAUGACCGGAGAGACGGGCGCCGAGGCCGCAAGGAAAAUGUCUGCUCUGGCAGCCAAAGCGCGGGAGGCCGUGGCCGAGGCCGGGUCGUCGUGGAGAGCCGCGGAGGAGCUCAUCGGUGUGUUGAGCAAGGGGAACACACCCCAAUCGUAGAAUCGUCGUUCCGAUUCCUUUAUCCUUUUUUCCGGCUUGAAUGCGUGGUCGGCGAACUCCUUACGAAGCAUGUCAGCGUUUGCAUCCUUGGCGCCCUCCGCGCCCACGCGAACAGAGUUGAUGGAGUUCCAUAGCCUCCCAAAGGCUCCGUGCUUGCAGAUUCACUGUAUGAUCAGGACCAUCCGGCGUAGUUCGUCUUCAAGAGCAUGGAAUACACCACGCUCCACGAACUCCGCUCGAUGAUGCGUUCGACGACUUCCUCCCUGCUGCCGCGUCGUCGAUCGGCGAGGAAAGACCGGCUACAGUGAGCGACUUCUUCGUCCGUCUCCAUCGCGUCGGCCGUACGCUAGCAUCGAUCGAACACUCAGGCUCCACCUCGGAACUACUCCAUUGCUGGAGAGAGAUAAACGCGAACUGGAUUCCGCGGAACAACACACAACUGGAUUUCACGGAACAACAUCAUGAUCAGCAGUGGCGUAGCUAGAUUUUUUUCGUGAGGUAUGACAUAAGAUUUUUUUAUAAUCUAUAAUAAUUUGGUAUACAGUUCAAAAUAUAAAUGCAAGAAUAACAUAUUAAUUAUAGAAUUAGCAUUUAAGUCCAUAAUUGUAUACAUUAGAAUGCAAAUAUAAUAUGAAAUUAUGUAAACAUCAAGUGAAAAAUAACCACUGGUGUUAGAUUUUUUGCUAGGCCUUAAUAGACCGGUGGUCCGGUGGGUCGGCUUAGGGUAUGUCGUGGCCCAUCCGGACCACCCAUUAGAUACGCUUUUGAUGAUCAGUGAAAUUAAACAAGCAAUUAAUCAGAUGUACAAGGAUUCAGCCCUGGCCCUAAUGGAUUUGGUGCCUCUUUCUCCAAAAAGUUCUAGAAUCUUAUUAAAGGAGAUAUGAUCAUUGA